GUUUACUUCAAAUUUAAUUCCAUUGUUUUUAAUGGUACUGUUGUAUGCAAUACAUCAAAACUUGUAAAUUACACUCCUUUUAAUUAAUUCAUUUGGAAAAUGCUGUUCCACUUGCUAUGCCGGCUCUGAAUGCGCGUCUUCUGAACCUGAACUGUCAAACAGGUCAACUUCAUUCAGUUCAUUCAUUCAUCUUUGCUAGAAAAUGACAACCGUGGACGAUAAUUUUGUUUAAUGUCGAUACCUUACUACUGAAGCGUAUACUGUUAAGUAAUGUGAAAUAAAACGGUCAUAAUGAUAUGAGGUGAUUCGUAAAGUGAUAGGUUUGUUUUACUUUGUAUCAAAAACGCACAUCAAAAUGGCAGGCCGAAAUCGUCCAGUACCGCACAAAAACCUAUCGACGAUAUUUUCCAAAUUACAGGGCGCUUUUUCAGAAGUGGUAACACAUCCAAAAUACUCGACAGACAAAAGGACUUUGGAUAAAACAUGGAAACUAAUGGAUAAAGUUGUGAAAUUGUGUCAACAUCAGAAAAUGAACUUGAAAAAUUCGCCCCCAUUUAUUUUAGAUAUUUUGCCAGACACCUAUCAAAGACUGAGGCUGAUUUAUUCUAAAUAUGAAGAUAAUAUGGGAGAACUACAUUCAAUUGAACACUUUAAUAUAUUUAUUAUUAAUUUAAUGCGGAAGUGUAAGCAAACAAUUAAACUGUUCAAGGAAGGUAAAGAAAAAAUGUUUGAUGAAAACUCUCACUAUAGGAGGAACUUAACAAAACAUAGUUUAGUGUUUAGUCAUAUGUUGAGUGAAUUGAAAGCUCUCUUCCCGAAUGGAGUGUUUGCUGGUGAUACGUUUAGGAUUACUAAGUCUGAUGCUGCAGAUUUUUGGAAGACAAAUUUUGGGAACAG